UAAAACGUCAUUACGAAGCGCCAACUACAACACACACACAAUAAUUCCAGUUUGUCGUCGUUUUUGCAACUUUUGUUUAUACUUUUACAUUACUACGCAAACUAAGACGUGCAGAAAUGUCUGGGAAGGCCAAAGAUAUCCUACAGCUGGACCUUUAUGGCUUGCUUGGAAUUGAAAACACUGCUACAGCGAAGGAGAUCAAAAAAGCCUAUCGACAGAAAGCUUUGAAAUGCCAUCCAGACAAAAACCCAGACAACCCAAAAGCAGCGGAGCUCUUCCACCAGUUAUCUCAGGCUCUGGAGGUGCUUACCGAUGCUGCUGCCAAGGCUGCCUAUGACAAAAUUUGUGCUGCCAAAAAACAAGCAGAAGAACGAAACCGCAAACUUGAUGACAAGAGAAAGAAGAUUAAGCUUGACCUUGAGGAAAGAGAACGACAAGCAGAAGCUCAGACCCAAGAUGAAGUGCAAAUUACAAGGACACUUGAAGAAGAGAUCACUCGCUUGAGGGAGGAGGGAUCCAGACAGCUUGAGGAAGAACAGAGGCUCAUCAGAGAGCAGAUUCAAAGAGAAAGAGAAGAACAGCAGAACACGGGAGACUACAGUCACAGAAACUCUGGAAUUGGGAGGUGUUCCAGGAGCAACGUCACUCCAAAAUUGAAGUUGAAGUGGAAGUGUAAAAAGGAUGAUGGUACAAAUGGUGGCUACUGUCAAGAAUUCCUUCUAAAACUUUUACAAAAGUACGGAGAUGUUUUGAAUGUGAUCGUAUCAACAAAGAAGCAAGGAAGUGCAGUUGUUGAAUUUGCAACCGUAAGGGCAGCUGAGCUGGCAGUAAAGAAUGAAAGUGGCCUGAGUGAAAAUCCAUUGAAGAUUUCUUGGUUAGAAGGCCAGCCUGAAGUUGAUCCUGCAUCUCAAUUCCCGUUGACACAGGGUUCCUUGUCCAAUGAACGCGACUACGAGAGUGUAGUGAUGAUGAAGAUGAGGCAGGCUGCUGAGCGACAACGUCUCAUUCAGCAAAUGCAAAAGGAGGAUGAGGAAGAAGGCCUUACGUCCUAGCACCGGAGGACCUGGCUUGGCACCUGCCCGCAGCCAAAAAACAGAACUCUUGUUUUAAACUUUCAUUUUUUAAUGUGUUGUUUUGUGUCAAAUCAUGUAAAUAAAUGAUGGCAAAUAAAUGACCACAGAAAGUUCAUCGUUUGAAGUUGCAUGCUGUGUUUCUCCUCAAGUGAAAUAAGUGCUGUUAGGAUACAGAGAGUGUGGUCUCACAGAUACUAAGUGGACGAAUGCAUGAAUUGUUAUGAAUAAUGUCUUCAGUUAGCUGUCCCAAGAUGUUUGUUUUUGGCAAGUUUUCUUUCUUAGUUGUAUUAGAAUGUUUGCUGAAAUAUGGACAAUAAUACCUGUAUACAAUAUCGUUAAGGUGAAUAGGAAUGCAUUACUUGCGUUAGUUCGAUUUGAUCAUUAAAACCCAUUGCAAUUUAGUGAUUGAUGAACCCUUAACGUGAUGAAAUGAGUAUGAUUUGGCAAAUUGAGGCAACUCCUCAUUGUAGUCAGAAUCCUUCCACUGUGUCAUGCUCAUAUACACUACUUAUCCAGUAACUCAGUGAAAGCAGCUGAGAUGUGUAGCUAUCCAAGCCACAGUCUGUGACUGUGUAGAAAUCAUUUCUCCCCCACGAACAAACUCCCAAGCCAACUUUGGAACAUUAUAGGUAGGACUUUAAAGAAGCCUUGUGGCCUCUUGUGAUAUGUAUAUGUAUUGUAGAGACCAUCCAUCAUUGUUACAUAUUAAAUACUUUAUUCAUAUCUUUCAAAACUCUUCCCUUAAUGUAUCCUUUAAAGCAGACAUGUCCAAAGUCCAGCCCGGGGCCAAAUGCGGCACGUGGACAAAUUUCAUCCGGCCCCCAGCCUCUGUCAUAAAAUCAAUAACGUCUGGCCCACACACAGACUUAAUAAAUUGGUCAGCAGUACUGCUACCAGCAUAUGAAGUAGCUUACACACUAAAUGCUGCUCCUCAUUUACCCACUAAAAGGCAGCAGCACUCUAAGGAACAUUACCCUGUGUGACCCUUUACUCCCAAUAUUCUAAAACGGUGACAAUCAACAAAAACAAGAAAGUUGACUAUGCGACGGCCGACGCUUCAAGGAUAGUUCGAAAUUGGAGUAUUUCUUCACUAAAAUGCGCAACAACUGUGUCUGCCUCAUUUGCAAAGAGACAGUCGCUGUUUUUAAAGAGUUCAGUCUGAGGGGAUAUUUCCAAACAAGACACGCUGACAUGUACGACAAGAUUACGGGGAAGAUACGUAGCGAGAAAUUGAAGCAACUUGAAGCUAGUUUAACUUCGCAGCAGCAAUAUUUCGCAAGAGCCCGAGAGUCAAAAGAGUACGCCACAAAGGCUAGUUGCGAGAUUGUUAAAAUUAUUAAUUUAACAAAAAUAAUAAAGCAAAUGUGACACAAAGAAUGGCUUGCUAAAAUUUGCUUGAAUAUAUUGUUCUACGUAAAUGACGUCAGCCAAGGUCGGCCCACCACAUUUUUACUGCACCAAAUCUGGCCCCCUUUGCAAAAAGUUUGGACACCCCUGCUUUAAGGAAUACAUAAGUAAAUACACUACCGUUCAAAAGUUUGGGGUCGCUUAGACCCCAGACUUUUGAACAGUCGUGCAUCACAAUAUAUCCAAUCGCCAAGGUGUUCCAUACAUAUUUCUCUUGUAUAAAGUUUUUUUGCUCUCCCCGAACCUGCUAGCAGUUAUCCAAAUAAGAGGCAAUAAUGUUCUUGUUUCAAGAUACAGAAAUUUUCAUUCAAAGUACAGUGGUACCUCGACAUCCAAUCGUUUCGACACACGAUCUUUUCGACAUCUGACGUAAAAUUUCACUCGCCAUUUGUUUGUACAUCCGACAACAUGCUCGAAAUAUGACGAUUUAUGACAGCGCCGUAGUUUCUUUGUUUUCCCGCAAGACUGACGCACAGCGGUUUUUGUUGUGAGAGAAAUCAACAUGGGUUCCAAGAAUGUUAGUGCAGGUGGCGAAAUAGUGAAAAAGGUGAGGCUUACCAUUAAAAUUAAGAUGGAAAUCAUAGAAUAAUAUGAGCAUGGUGGUCACGUCCGUGAACUGGCCUGACAAUAUGGCUAUAAAAUGUCUAGAAUCUCGACGGUCCUCCUCCGACCUCCAUUCGCCAUUCUUUAUAACAGGGGUCGGGAACCUAUGGCUGGCAAGCCAGAUCUGUCCCUUUUGAUGGCUGCAUCUGGCUCGCAGACAAAUCUUGAAUUACUUCAAAAAUAACAAAAGUUUCAAUACACUCCUUUGCGCACUACGCGCAACGAUCACCGGUCAUAUGCUGGCGUUGCGCAGUAAUGAGUAGACGUGACUUUUGCCGCAUAUGUUAACUUUGUUAAUGCUCCGACAACACUCGCGCAAUUCGCACUAGAUAUCAUCAAAUGGCAACCUAGAUGUGCUACGUUAGAUCCCCCCAAGUCGCAUGCCAUUGGCUGCGUGAGCCCAGGUGAUCAUGGGACACGUAGUCCGUGUACUACAACCGGCAAAGAGAAAAGCAGUAAUUUUAGUGGGAAAGUGGCAAACAUACAUGUCGUUGUGGGAAAGUGGCAAACAUACAUGUCGUUGUGUCUAUAUUUUUAUUUUCCAAUCGCAUUGGCAGCGCAGAUGAGGCAGAGACACUGUUCUAGUGGGGUCGCCGUAUUUUGCUGUCGAAAAUAGCGGCCGAUGUGCGUGAAGUAAACUUCUCUGGUUUUUAGUUUCAUUUUGCCCCUUUGUCAGCUAAUUUUAGAAACCCUUUUGAGAAGAUGGGAAAAAGAAAGUCCUUCACUGAGUUCGCUAAAGAAAAAAAUCUACCGAUGCAUAAACUUGUUUCAGUGUGCGGUGAUGGUGCUCCGUGCGUGGUGGGGAAAAACAGGAUUCCUGGCGCUUCAUGAACAUAAGGUUUUUCAAUGCCUGCAUAAAGCUUAACCCCACCAAAUAUCAACCAGACUACAAAGCCAUCAGCAAAACCAUGCAGCACCAGAAGUCGCAUUAAUGGUAAGAAAUACUCAUCAUUGAUUAGCAACAGCAUAACAAUGUUAUUAAAAAGAAUUCAGAGACUAACCCAAACCCUUAUACUUUAAAAGUGUUAAAAUUACAUAAAAUGCACACAUUACUUGUAUUUUUAGUUUUAAACAUUUUAUGGCUCUCACGGAAUUACAUUUAAAAAAUGUGGUGUUCAUGGCUCUCUCAGCCAAAAAGGUUCCCGACCCCUGCUUUAUAAGUUAAGGUGACAAUUAGUAUGGUGGUAACAUCGUCAUGUUUUUAAUCAAUUAUUUCAGAACUUGUACAACACAACAUGCCGACUGUCCGCCCCCAGCUGAACAAAGUGAAAGUAAAAACUCAUCCCCCACUCUGUCAAGUCUCAAGUCACCCACGUGGUGCGUUCAGGUACACCAUGCAAAAUACAUUUGCCAUAUUAACACCCGAUUUGUUACAUUAUUACAGGUCCAGUAUUAUUACUAUUAUCAUAUUAUUAUUCCGAUUUUUAUUCAUAAAUAUUUGUUUUGCUCUGUGUAAUUGCUAUUUGCAAUAGUGCCAGCCGAAUUUAUUAAGAAUUUAGUGUCGGUUUUCAGGCUGUGGAACGAAUUAAUGGGAUUGUAAUGUAUUCUUAUGGGAAAAUCCUGCUCGACAUACGACCAUUUUGUCUUACAGAGGUACCACUGUACUGUACUAUCUGCAAUUAUACAAUGAGAAAUCCAUACACAGCUACAAUGAAAUGGGACAUUCUAUUUUCAUUAGGGAUGUACUGAAAGCAAAAUUCUUGGCAAAAACCGAAUGCAGGUAUUCACUGGGUUACGACCAGUGCUGUUAAUCUUACUUAAAACAUUUUUUUUUUUAAAGUAAUUAAUUACAGUUACAAAUUACUUUUCCCAGAAAGUAAUUGAGUUAGUAACUCAGUUAUGAAUGUGAUAUUAAUGAGUUACUUGGCAAAGUAACUGGUUUUACUUUUCAUGUUUUUUUUUCCAUUCAAAAAAAAAAAAAAAACAGUUACACCAUGUGAAGUUCGAAUGGUUUUUGGGACAAUCACCCUAGCCCAAUUUUUUUACCCUAAACCUAACUAGCCACAGGGGUAUUGUGGAUAUUGCGAUAAUUAGAUAGUAACCUUUGCUGUUUUUGGAAGUCAUUUAACGUAGUGAAUCGACCAUUAAAGUUGUUAAAAUUGCUCCCGUUACUGCAUUUGUUUCCUUCUGUCUACUUUCUUCAUGUGAAAGUUUUAAAACUGUUUCAUCAUUUAAAGAUUCAAGUCAAGAUUUUGCCGAUUUAGGAGUAUUUUAGAUAAAAAGUUACUUAAGUUUGCUAGGAAGGUUCUCUACAACAGAGCCUUUCUGAGAAGUCUACUGCUUUAAGAUGGCGGCUGUUUACGAACGCCGGCAAGUGUAUCAUUUCGCAUCUACUUCUCUAUACAUUUGCUAACACCGCCGAGUCUGUCAUUUCGCAUCUAGUUCAUAUAAAUGUGAUAUCUAGUGUAGCAUUAUGUGGGCGUAGUUUGUAGGCUAUCAGCAACAGUCAGGUAUUAUUGGAGCCACCUAGCCUAGCAUCGUGUUUGUAACGACGUCACAACUCCCUCUUUCCCACUCCCGCUCUUCUCUCUCCGUAUCUUGCAGACUUCUCUCGUGUCGUUCAACCAACGUAGUAACGCAAAGUAACGCACGCCUUUACAUCCCCAGUAACGGUAACGGCGUUGCAAAGAUGUAUAGAGUAUAACGGCGUUAUACUCUAAUGCUGUUAUUAACAACACUGGUUACGACGUACCCGACUUGCGUGAUUACGACUUUACGACGCUGGAGUCUUUUUUUUUUUUUUUUUUUUUUUGUAAAUGUUGACUUUUGUUCUGUGGUGCAUGCUUUUAUCUUGGCGGAGGAAGGGUAGAGCAGGUAGUUAUAAUGGCACGCAAGUAAGAGCGCACGGGCACGCGCACACACUUGCAAGAGCGCAUUCGUUGCAUGUUGAAGCAGCGCAGCCGAGUGAGAGAGGGGAAAGCCCGCAAGCCUGCACGCACAUUUGUUGCUUGUGAAGCAUCUACAGAGGCAGCACCUGUAUAUAACACCUUUUUUCCUGUUUAUUGUGGUCAAAUACUGUGGUUGUUUUUGAUGAUGUGCGGACGCUGAUAGAUUCAAAUCAUUUGUGUGUUUUUUUUUAUUUUUUAUUGCUGUAUCAGCAGCUAGUUACAAACGCAAAUUUCAAUUGCUGUUAUUGAAGAUGAAACUGAUUUAACCGGCCACUUUAUUAGGUACACCAUGCUAGUAACGGGUUGGACCCCCUUUUGCCUUCAGAACUGCCUCAAUUCUUCGUGGCAUAUAUUCAACAAGGUGCUGGAAGCAUUCCUCAGAGAGUUUGGUCCAUAUUGACAUGAUGGCAUCACACAGUUGGUGCAGAUUUGUCGGCUGCACAUCCAUGAUGCGAAUCUCCCGUUCCACCACAUCCCAAAAAUGCUCUAUUGGAUUGAGAUCUGGUGACUGUGGAGGCCAUUUGAGUACAGUGAACUCAUUGUCAUGUUCAAGAAACCAGUCCGAGAUGAUUCCAGCUUUAUGACAUGGCACAUUAUCCUGCUGAAAGUAGCCAUCAGAAGUUGGGUACAUUGUGGUCAUAAAGGGAUGGACAUGGUCAGCAACAAUACUCAGGUAGGCUGUGGCGUUUCAACGAUGCUCAAUUGGUACCAAGGGGCUCAAAGAGUGCCAAGAAAAUAUUCCCCACACCAUUACACCACCACCACCACCAACCUGAACCGUUGAUACAAGGCAGGAUGGAUCCAUGCUUUCAUGUUGUUGACGCCAAAUUCUGACCCUACCAUCCGAAUGUCGCAGCAGAAAUCGAGACUCAUCAGACCAGGCAACAUUUUUCCAAUCUUCUAUUGUCCAAUUUCGAUGAGCUUGUGCAAAUUGUAGCCUCAGUUUUCUGGUCUUAGCUGCAAGGAGUGGCAUCCGGCGUGGUCUUCUGCUGCUGUAGCCCAUCUGCCUCAAAGUUCAACGUACUGUGCAUUCAGAGAUGCUCUUCUGCCUAACUUGGUUGUAACGGGUGGUUAUUUGAGUCACUGUUGCCUUUCUUUCUAUCAGCUCGAACCAGUCUGGCCAUUCUCCUCUGACCUCUGGCAUCAACAAGGCAUUUUCGCCCACAGAACUGCCACUCACUGGAUAUUUUUUCUUUUUCGGACCAUUCUCUUUAAACCCUAGAGAUGGUUGUGCGUGAAAAUCCCAGUAGAUCAGCAGUUUCUGAAAUACUCAGACCAGCCCUUCUGGCACCAACAGCCAUGCCACGUUCAAAGUCACUCAAAUCACCUUUCUUCCCCAUACUGAUGCUCGGUUUGAACUGCAGGAGAUUGUCUUAAACCAUGUCUACAUGCCUAAAUGCACUGAGUUGCCGCCAUGUGAUUGGCUGAUUAGAAAUUAAGUGUUAACGAGCAGUUAGACAGGUGUACCUAAUAAAGUGGCCGGUGAGUGUAUAUUUCAGUUAC